CCUUGGGGAGGGGAAAGCACGUAGAACAGGAGCUGGUGUAGCGAGCUGUAGUUUGCCUUGGUGUCCCCUCCCAGGCAGCAGCAGGACCAAGGGUUUGCAGAGCACCCUGGCAGGACCAUGACACACACACACUGGGGCCACAGCGGACAACCUUUCACCAAGGGCAAAAAGUAGCUUCCCUGCCCAGGCGCUGAACGCACCAGCAGCUGCAGCAGCGGCCAGGGGCAGAGGAGAAGGCAGGCGAUGGCUGUGCAAGCUGCUAUCCUCAAUCCCCAUCACUUCAUCCCCUUCUGCUUCCCUGCCUCCGGGGGCCUGGCGGACUAUGUUGACCUUGAGAAGAGCUACGAGGACGGGGGAGCCGCUCUCCUGGGAGGAGGAGGAGUGGGGGGAGGAGAAGACCCAGGGGAUUUUAAAGAAGCCACCAGGGACCUGCUGAGCUUCAUAGACUCGGCGUCCAGCAACAUCAAGCUGGCCCUGGACAAGCCGGUCAAGUCCAAGAGGAAAGUGAACCACAGGAAGUACCUGCAGAAGCAGAUCAAGCGCUGCACGGGCAUCAUCGCCUCCGCCCCUGCAGCGCCAGCCCCGGCCGGGGGCCAGGAGCUGCCCAAGCGGCCGGCCCCGCCGGCAGGGGCCGCCUCGCCCCAGCCCUCCUGCCCGCCCGGCCCCGCCGGCCAUUGCAAGCCCCCUGCCAAGCGGGAGGCCUCGCAGGCGGCCAGCAGCCUGCAGAGCAAGAGCCUGGCCGCCCUCUUCGACUCCCUGCACCAGGGCCGGGCUGGCGAGAGGGGCCCGGCCGGCGGCGGCGGCGGCAGCGGCGGGGGCGGCCCCCGCAAGGUGCCGCUGCGGAACCGCAACCUGCCCCCUUCGUUCUUCACCGAGCCGGCCGCGCCGCCGCCCCGCGCCCCGCCGCUCAGCGCCAGCCCCAAGGCGCUGGAGCGGGGCGGCGGCAGCCCGGAGGCGGCGGAGUUCUUCGAGCUGCUGGGGCCCGACUACGGCGGCCUGCUCCCGGAGCAGCCCCCCGCGCAGGAGGGUUUCCCGGCCCGCCUGCCCCCGGAGCUGGGCAUGGAGCCCGCCCUGUACGAGCCCCACCUCCCGCCGCUGCCCCCGCACCUGCUCGGGGCGAUGCUCUACCCCGAGCCCGCCUGGAGCCCCCCCGCCAAGAAGAGCCCCCCGGCGGCGGCUUCCUGCAGCAGCUUGAGCCUGCCCGAGACCUUGCGGCCCCUGCCUGCCAUGGGGGCCCCAGGAGCGCCCCUCUACCCGGCCAGCUCGGACCCGGCCCCCGCGGGAGGCGAGGAGAGCCCAGCCCAGCUGGCCGCCGCCUUUGCUCCCUACUUCCCUGACUGCCCCCUCCCUCCUCCUCCUGCCAUGCCUUAUGAGUACAGCGCCGGGUACAACAGGGUGGCCUAUUCGGGCCUCUAGGGGAGGCUUGGGGUGAAGGGUGGACCGCAGGCUGCUUGUAACGUACCAGCUGGCAAAAAGCCGAGAUCACUUUAAUUCCCCUCCCUUUACACUGUUUGAUUUAGGACAGUAAACUCAGAAGGAAAAGGGGACGGGAGGGGACAGGGACGCCGUGGAAUGGGAAUCGCACCCGCAUAGCCCUUAAUCCUGGGGCUGGGUUAUAGCUGAUGAUUGCCAACCUGAUGGGUUUCUGUCCAUAGCCAGAGUUUUUUGGUUUGGUUACUAGUCCUGAUUCUUCUCUCCUAUACAGCAAUGUACAGUCAAGGGCCUGAUCCAAAGCCAACUGAAGUCAAUGGGAGUCUUUUCACUAACUUCAGGGGGCUUUGGACCAGACACUAGUGCCACAGAGAAAAAGGUCAUGCUCUUUAGCUGCAAUACAUUUAGGGCCAGAUUUUGCCAUAGAGCAUAAUACCUGACUCUGCUAGUAGUCCCACUGAAAAUAAUGUGACUGUUUUGUAAGCGUGGCAGAAUCUGGCCUUUAGGUUUUUAUUUGCCUUCACAUUCUGAACAGUCUCCCCUCUCCUUGUUUGGGUUCUAUCACUGCACAUAAUAAAAAUGUAAACUUUCAGGUGUUUUUAUAGCGCACAGUAACUACAUGUUGUUAGCAUUUAUUAGAGAUAUGUUUUUAUUUUACUGUAGGCAAAUACAAUUUAUUUACAUGUCUUAUGUUACAUUGCAACGGGGGCUGCUUUUUCUUUAAAGCAGCCGUGACCAAUUGUAAGUGACUUGAGUUUAAAAGUAAAACUCAGUCAGCUCUUACAGUGUAUUUAAAAUCUUGUCCCACACUUGUGUGCGUCAUAAGUGCUGGCAGAUUUUCAACAGAGGACACAAACAAGUGCAAAAAAUAAUUUAAAAAAAAUCAAGAGAACAACAAAAAUAACUAUAAACGCUGUUACCAAAUCUUAGUGUCCUGAAAUUUAACAAUGUGUUGCAGAAUAUUGCAAACAGCAAUUCUAUAAUAAAUAAGUUAAUUGAUGGCAUAUGUUCUGGCCAAAACGUACUGUAGCAACGUGAUUCCCGCAAACUGUGUUGGAUUUCUUUCAGGAAUGUGUCAAAGCAUUGAAAGUGACGCAGAUCCGUUCUAUUGUGUACAGGAGAUUAUUUGAUAAUCAUUUAAAUUAUGUAAAAGAGUCUAUGAUAAGUCCUAUAAAAAUAAAGCUGCACAAUGGCUUAAAGACCUGUGGCUGUUACUACUGUUGGAAUGAAAUACACUAGAGUCUCUCCCACAUCUUCAUUUUUGGUAAAGUUCAUUCACUAGAUUUGGCUGGUGGAAUUUAAGACAGCCUAGUGGUCACUUUUCUCUUUCCUAAAUCCUCUGAAAUGCUGUACUUUACCCUCAACAACCUAUUCCUGUUUUGUGUUCUUCUCUAUUGAGUGUUUCAGUAAGAUACUGGAAUGACAGGAAUGGUAGCAAAUUAUUAUAAAGCCAAGGGAUCAAAAUACUUACUUUCGGGAAACUAGUUCAACAGAAUGUUAAGUUUCCUUUUGGGGAGUUGGUUGGGAUGCCAAUCUUAAAAGGCAGCCUUGGAUUUUGGCUUUGGGCCAGUUAGAAUUGGAUUGUUUGUUUUUAAGCUGGGAGUCAAAUGGACAAGAAGUGUGAGGUAUGGUGAACCAAAUAGUACUCCCAGAGAUGGCAAAUAAUUCUACCCUAUGACAUUGAAGGGAAUUGAGAAUAAAAUGCCUCUUUCAUUAA